AGUGCAGCAGUCUUGGAAUGCAGCGUUCGGUCACGUGUUCAACGGCCUCGCGCAAAGUGAAGCUGCAGCGCCAGACGCCUCGAGUCGAGCCCGCAGUCUGUCCAUCGCAUCCUUCUGCGAGAGUAGCCUGUAGCCUGUGACCUUUCUCGCCCGCGUCGGCCCUUCACAUUGUCGUCUGCUCAGCCGGCUAUCGAGCGGAGUAUCAGCGCAUUGGCUGCCCCACAUACCUCCAGUAGCUUGCAGUGGACUGUUCUUCGGCACCGAGCAGCUGUCGACCCGCCGCGUUUCUCUCCGCAUUUGUUCUGCAUCCAGGUCUCACCCACAAUUCGUCAAGAUGCCCGUUCCUGUAGGAGCUAUGCCCGGAGGCGGCGCGCAUGGCCCCUCCACGCUCGACAAGCUGAAGAUGGGUGGUAUGAUGGGUGGAUCUGUUGGUCUGAUCAUUGGCUUCAUCUUUGGCUUCACCAACAUUGUCCGAUUCGGCCCUGGGCCUAACGGCAUGCUGCGCACGCUCGGACAGUACAUGAUGGGAUCUGCGGCGACAUUUGGCUUCUUCAUGGCCAUUGGCACAACCAUCCGUACGGAUAGCUCGCCCAUCAUUACCCAAGCUUUCGGCAGCGUCAACAACCGCCCCACCAUUCUGUCGCGACAGUACCAGGCCCUGAAGGCCGCGCGCGCUGAGAAGAACUAGACACAAAUGUCUAAGGUGGAAAACAAGGUCACAAGUUGGCCAGGCGCAUGUACAACAGCAUCACAGAGACGCGACGCAAACAUGUACAUAUAGCACUGGAGAGAUUAGUAUAGGAGAUGACUGCACCCAAGUUGCUUCAGCAGGGUCAGAGACCAUGAGCAUAUCAUACCAUGUACGAUGUACCACCUCACUCCUUGUUCAACCAUCUCUACGCACAGUAAUACUAGCGACAAAGCCUUGCACACUGUUGGUAA